AUGAACAAGGUUUGUCCAAUAAACCUGGCAUUGGCAUUGGCCUUUCUAUGUGUUGUACCAUCUCUGACACAUGGUGCACCCCAGAAUGACACACUCGCCCUCACCCAGUUCCGCUUCCAAACAGACGCACAUGGCUAUCUCGUCAGUAACUGGACCGGCGGCGAUGCUUGCACCGCCGCAUGGCGCGGCGUUCAGUGCUCCCCAAACGGCAGAAUUGUGGGCCUCUCUAUCCCUUCCCUCAAUCUUCGAGGCCCCAUUGAAUCUCUAUCAACGCUCACCUACUUGCGCCUCCUUGACCUCCACGACAACAGGUUGAACGGAACCAUUGCUCCUCUCUCCAACUGCACAAGCCUGGAGCUCCUUUACCUCUCCGGCAAUGACUUCUCCGGCGAGAUACCGCCGGAGAUAGCUUCCCUCAAGAUUCUCCUCAGGCUUGACAUCUCCGACAACAACAUCCACGGUCAAGUUCCCAAGGAACUUUCACAGUUGACACAUCUUCUCACGCUUCGGUUACAGAACAACGUGCUCUCUGGCCAAGUCCCUGAUCUAUGUUCUUCCCUGGUGAAUCUCAGUGAGCUUAACAUGACCAACAACGAGCUCCAUGGACGCUUACCCGAUGCAAUGUUAAAGAAAUUCGGCAAUGAAAGCUUCUCUGGCAAUAACGGUCUUUGUGGGUCUACUCCAUUACCCGAUUGCUCCAUGACAUAUGAGACUCCUCCUUCUUCUGCAUCAACAGAAACUGUUCCUUCAAACCCAAGCUCUUUGCCACAAACAAGUACUGUUAUACCUCCUUCCAAAACCCAACCACGGAAGGGGUUGAGUCCCGGUGCCAUUGUAGCCAUAGUGGUGGCGGUUUCUGUGGCGGUUCUGGUGGUGAUAUCUUUCUUGGUGGCUCAUUGUUGCGCCAGAGGAGGAGGAAGCUCCAAAAACUCGAUGGUGGAGAGUGAGAGUUGGAAAAGGAAGAGCGGGAGUAGCAACGGAAGCGAGAAGAAGGUGUAUGGCAAUGGUGCUGCAGAUAGAGAUAGUGAUGGGACCACUGAGACAGAGCGAAGCAAGCUUGUGUUUUUCGAUAGGAGGAGUGAGUUUGAGCUUGAGGAUCUGCUUCGAGCAUCGGCAGAGAUGCUCGGGAAAGGUAACUUGGGUACGGUUUACAGAGCAGUGCUUGAUGAUGGAUGCACCGUGGCUGUGAAAAGACUCAAAGACGCAAACCCAUGCGAGAGGAACGAGUUUGAACAGUAUAUGGAUGUUGUAGGGAAGCUAAAGCACCCAAACAUUGUUAGACUCAGAGCUUAUUACUAUGCUAAGGAAGAAAAGCUUCUUGUCUAUGAUUAUCUCCCCAACGGAAGCUUGCAUGCUCUCCUUCAUGGGAACCGUGGUCCAGGAAGGAUUCCAUUAGAUUGGACUACAAGAAUAAGCUUGGUGUUAGGGGCAGCAAGAGGCCUUGCUAGGAUUCAUGCAGAGUAUAGUGCGGCUAAGAUACCUCACGGGAACGUGAAAUCUUCCAAUGUGCUUCUUGACAAGAAUGGGGUUGCUUGCAUCGCUGACUUUGGAUUGUCACUGCUGUUGAACCCGGUUCACGCCAUUGCAAGGUUGGGCGGGUGCAGAGCUCCUGAACAAGCUGAAAUGAAGAGGUUGUCUCAGGAGGCUGACGUGUACAGUUUCGGGGUGUUAGUGUUGGAAGUUCUUACCGGGAGAGCUCCCUCACAGCACCCUUCUCCAACUCGUCCUCGUGUGGAGUUAGAGGGACAAGAUCAUGUGGAUAUGGAUCUUCCCAAAUGGGUUGGGUCGGUUGUGAAGGAAGAGUGGACAUCAGAGGUGUUUGAUCAGGAACUGUUGAGGUACAAGAACAUUGAGGAAGAGCUUGUUUCAAUGCUGAAUGUGGGGCUUGCUUGUGUGGUUCCACAACCUGAGAAGAGACCAACCAUGUUGGAAGUUGUUAAGAUGGUUGAGGAUAUCAGGGUGGAACAAUCUCCUCUCAGAGAGGACUUUGAUGAAUCACGCAAUUCCCUUUCACCUUCCCUUGCCACUACCGAAGAUGGCCUACCUUAG